AUCAUACACAGAGACUUGAAACCUGGAAAUAUUUUAAUAGACAUCAACUUGACACCAAAGAUUUGUGAUUUUGGAUUGAGUAGAGUUUGGAACAAUUCAUUUUCCAACCAAUCAGCCCCAACCAUGAAUGUUGGAACUUUUUUCUACCUUGCCAAUGAAAUGAUAUCUGGAGAUCAAUAUAACCACAAGGUAGAUGUUUACAGUUUUGGAAUA